GUUCGCUUUCCCUUUCUAAAAUACCUCAGUUGAGCGGUUGAUCCAUUCAGAAAUAAUUUUGCCUCUGAAUGAAAAUGGAAAGUGAAGAGCAUGAAGUGUGGGGGGAUGAACGAUUGGAGAUAUUAAAGGAUGGUGAUUACACCCCAACCCCCGAUGGAGACAUAUCAAAACAAGAAAUGCCUAGUUGGUUUGAUUCCGAAAAAUUUAAUAGAGCCAAGAAGGUUUAUAAAGAACAAUUUGCAAGUAUAAACUUCAGUCAUCUAUGUGGCCUACUUUUGUCCUUUUAUUUCACAAAGAACAUAAAGACUCUACGGUCAACAGGCGAAUCGGAUACCAAACUAUCUCUUUUCCACAGAUACCUUCAGACUGUACGACACAUUCAGAAAUGGUACGAAGGAAAUGUUUUUGACAUCAACGAUCCUGCUCAGAGAUCUUUAUCCAUCGUUAGAAAUAUGCAUGCCAGAGUUGGUAAAAAGAUGUCCGCAUUAAACGAUGGCAUUGUCUACGUUUCUCAAUGGGAUAUGGCUGUCACUCAAUGGGCUUUUGUCGGCCCCAUGGUACUUUUCCGAUCUCGUGUAGGUAUCCAUGGCUGCAGCGAGGAAGAUUAUGAUGCCUUAAUUCACUUUUGGCGAGCUAUUGGAUUUCUUUUGGGUAUUGAAGAUCAAUUUAACUUGUGCCAUGGUGAUUAUCCUCAGGUUGUAUCGGCAUGUAAGUCACUCCUCACUAAAGAAUACAAAGUGCGGGUUGCUGAUGCUAGUCCAGUAUCGGUAAAUAUGGGAAAAAGUGUCGUUGCUGCUAUGAGUGAAAUGCAAGAAGCUUUAACCUGGAAUUCGAUUUCAACCUAUAUUCAUGAAUUAGUAGGGUUGCCGUGCCCAGACUCUAUGGGCUUCAUUGAUUAUGUAUGCCAUUACUUGACGAAAUUCAUAAUGCUUUUUGCCUUACGAAAUUCAACUUUCAGACAAUUAUUCAAUGACUUUUCUCGAUGGAAAUUGGACGUGGCUGACAAGAAGGACAUUAAAUUCAUGUCGAUGCUACAAGCGAAUAAAUCUGGCGGUUAAUUAUUACUCUUCAUCCUGUAUUUAUUUUUUAUCACUGAAUGUUUGUAACACUGUAAUGCCAUAUUUGUUUUUUUUUUUUUAUUCUUCUGUUCUAAAUAUUGAGAUAAUCAGGGAGUUAAAAUGUGUAAAAUAAUGCAACUCACUGUGAUAUUUCUGUGCCUGAAGAAUUUCUGAAGUUGAAGCUUCUGACGUGUGGUGAAUAUCACUUACAUUUUUAUGAUGCACAUUCAGUUUGUAGUGGAUCUCAUUUAAGUUGUACAUUUAUGUUGAGUUUUUCAGUUUUGUUUUAUUGUUUUGAUAAUGACUUGAAUAAAAAUAUGAUACUAUUUGCA